AUGCAAGUCAUCCAGCACAACAUUAACCCCAUGAUCUGCGCCAAUGCGACCUUGCACCAAACCAGAGGCACCUAUAGACCCUUUCAGUGCCCGGAUAUUCGAUGUGGACGUCGUUUCAACCGCAAGUAUACACUCACGGAGCACGUCAAGACUCACACCGGCGAACGUCCGCAUGCCUGUCGUGCUAAUGGCUGCGGCAAGCGAUUCAGCACUUCCGGCAACCUGUCCCGGCAUAUGCGUCUUCACGGUGCCAUCGAGCCUGUGCACUGCCCCGUGCACGGCUGCUGCAGCAAGUUCAUGAGCGACAUCAAGUUGGCCAACCACAUGCGCUCGCACUACGUGCCUCGGACACACACGUGUAGGGUACCUGAGUGCGGCAAGUUAUUUAGCACCACUGGCAAUCUCAACCGCCAUCUAAAGAACCAGCACACGCCGCAAGAGCGUGAGCUAAUCAGAGCGUCGGCCUCCCCGCGAUUAUUGAGCUCUCCUUGCAGUACCCCAACCAAACAAGCGUACUGUAUACUUAAGCACGAGAGCCCGACGAGCAUUGAUCAGGAAUGGGGAUGUAAUGUAUGGGAAUCGGUCUUGGAGCCGGUCGAAAGGAACGUGCUACCCAUUCCGCUUGGGACCGAGUGUACGACUCCGUGGACACCAGAGAUGCUGAAGAUGCUAUCCCACAUGCUUUUCAACUAA